AUGAGAGCUGCCCUUGACUCGGUGCUCCUCGCGCCGAGAGCUGUUCAACCUCUGAUAUCCGGCGCUUUCAGGCCUCGGCGAUCUUGCAAAUUUGGGCACGUCAGAACCAUCAGUGCCAGCACAGUGCUGCGUAAACCUGCAGUUGCUUCAUGUCCUAUAGGAGAGAAUGAGACUGACAGGCCCGUGCUUGACCCGGACUCGGCGCCGACGGUGUCCCGGCGCGAAAAGCUUCGCGAUGCCCGGCCUUUCUCUGAUUUCCUCACCGACACUUUCAAUCGACAGCACGACUACCUGCGCAUAUCAGUCACAGAGAGAUGCAACCUGCGCUGUGUGUACUGCAUGCCGGAAGAGGGAGUGCCCCUCAGCCCUCCACGAGAACUCCUGACUACGCCAGAGAUCGUCUUGCUCUCAUCGGUCUUUGUGUCACAGGGAGUGACGAAGAUCCGGCUGACAGGAGGCGAGCCUACGGUACGCCGAGAUAUCGUGCCUCUCAUGCAGCAAAUCGGAGACCUGCGCCGUCAUGGUCUCCGCGAGCUCUGCCUUACGACGAACGGGCUGUCACUGCACCGUAAGCUCGAGAGCAUGGUGGAGGCCGGGUUGACAGGAGUCAACCUGAGUCUAGACACUCUAGAUCCGUGGCAAUUCCAGAUCAUGACCAGACGGAAGGGCUUCGACGCGGUGCAGCGUAGUAUAGCCCGCAUCUUGGAGCUGAACCGGGCGGGUGCCGGUAUCCGACUCAAGAUCAACUGCGUGGUCAUGCGCGGCGUCAAUGACAGAGAAAUCCUGCCGUUUGUGGAGAUGACGCGUGAGAAAGACAUCGAGAUCCGGUUUAUCGAGUACAUGCCCUUUGAUGGCAACAAGUGGAGCAAGGGCAAAAUGUUCAGCUAUGAAGAGAUGCUCGAGCAUAUCAGGGAAAGAUACCCGACGCUGGAGAAGGUGCGCGAUCACAAGAACGACACGAGCAAAACUUGGCACAUCCCCGGAUUCGCAGGACGGCUAGGGUUUAUCACAAGCAUGACACACAACUUCUGCGGGACAUGCAACAGGCUGAGGAUCACGAGCGACGGCAACCUCAAGGUAUGCCUGUUCGGGAAUGCCGAAGUCUCGUUACGAGACAUUCUUCGCAAGGUCAACAACGGCGAACCUAUCGACGAGGAGGCACUCGCGACCUUGAAGCAGCUCGCGCUGGCCCGGCGGCAGGACUUGUCAAACAUCGAUGUGCCACUCACACUGGCUCCCAACUCCAAGGAACUCCUGGAGGUCAUCGGUGCGGCGGUCAAGAGGAAGAAAGCAAAACAUGCUGGGAUCGGCGAGCUGGAGCACAUGAAGAACAGGCCGAUGAUUCUGAUAGACUCGAUCCGUCCGCGAGGGAUGACACCACCCUCCGUCAUCUGGAGGCCCGUCGGACAGGCCGGGGCCACAUUCACUCGCACGCCUACGACUAUCACUACCACGCCCUGGCGACAGCCAGCAUUCACCCCCGCUUCUGGCCCCUUUACACAUCAUGCACCACCACAGCCCGCGCGUCUGUUCUCAUCCAUGAGCGGGCGCGCGCUUCGCAAGGACAACGACAGCAAGACGAAAGAAUCACAGAUGACUCCUCCUCCUCCUCCUCCUCAUACAGCGCCCGCCCCCGCGCCGCCCAAGCUGACGCACGUCUCGGCCUCGGGCUCCGCGCACAUGGUCUCCAUCUCGUCCAAGGCGCCGACGUCCCGCACCGCCACGGCCGCCUGCACCGUGCGCUUCUCGGCCGGGUCGCCGGCGCCGGCGCUGAUACGCGCGAACCAGGUGCGCAAGGGCGACGUGCUGGGCGUCGCGCGCGUGGCGGGCAUCAUGGCCGCCAAGCGCACGCCCGACCUCAUCCCGCUGUGCCACCCCGUCGCCAUCUCGCACGUCUCGGUCGAGCUCGACGUCGUCGUCGCCGCCGCCGCCGUCGAGGUGCGGGCGACGGUCGAGUGCGACGGCAAGACGGGCGUCGAGAUGGAGGCGCUGACGGCGGCCGGCGCCGCGGCGCUGACGGUCUACGACAUGUGCAAGGCGGUCGACAAGGGGAUGCGGGUCGAGGGGCUCAGGGUCGUGUUCAAGGACGGGGGCAAGAGCGGCCGGUGGGUGGAGGGCGUGCAGGACCAGUCCGGGGUUUAG